AUGGGCGUGAAUGAGGUAUUUGGGGCCGAGUAUUUGCGAAGGCCUAAUAACAAUGAUGUUGAACAUCUUUUACAAAUGGAGGAGUCGCGUGGAUUUCCAGGCAUGCUAGGUUCCAUUGAUUGUAUGCAUUGGGAAUGGAAGAAUUGUCCUGUUGAAUGGAAAGGACAGUUUUGUCGAGGUGAUCAUGGUAAACCCACGAUCAUGCUUGAAGCAGUGGCAUCGCAAGACCUGUGGAUUUGGCAUGCAUUUUUUGGUAUUGCAGGUUUGAACAAUGACAUUAAUGUGUUAAACCAAUCCAAUGUGUUUAAUGAUAUUUUGGAAGGACGUGCUGCUAGUGUGCAAUAUACAAUAAAUGGAUCUCCAUAUAAUAUGGGGUAUUAUUUAGCGGAUGGUAUAUAUCCUGAGUGGGCUACAUUUGUCAAAACUAUUUCGAUGCCGCAAGGAGAAAAGAGAAAACUAUUUGCACAACACCAAGAAUCAGCUAGAAAGGAUGUGGAACGGGCAUUUGGAGUGCUUCAAUCUCGUUUUGCAAUAAUACGUGGUCUAGCGCGUGCUUGGCACAUGGAAACCCUCAAGCAUACCAUAUAUGCUUGCAUCAUAUUGCACAACAUGAUUGUCGAAGACGAACGACAUACAUAUGAAGGUGAUUUUGAUUACUCUUACGAUAAUGUAGGUAACAACAACUCAACGACUGAAACAUUUAACGGUCCUCAUCCGAAUCUUGCAACAAGACUACAAAGAAGAGCAAAUCUUCGUGAAAAACAAAUUCAUCGCCAACUUCAAGGCGAUCUAGUCGAGCAUAUUUGGGAACGUUUUGGAUAUGAGGACGAUGAAAAUUAA